AUGCUUCAGGAGUUCUACGUUCGAGUCUCACCGCAGCAGCGUAUCCUUUUCCUGGUCUAUCUCGUCCGCAUCCGCCAGAUGCGCAGAAUCCUCUGCUUCGCCAACUCACGCGAAGCUGUUCACAGAUUGACGGUGCUGCUUGCUCGUGGCUUCUCCGGUAUCGGAGCGUCGGAAUUGUCAGGCGGGAUGCCUGUUGUUAAGCGACAGCGAGUUCUGCAGGCCUUUUCUCGAGGGGAUGUACAGGCAAGUCCCCACUUACCUCCUACGCAAUGA